ACGAAUCUCACGGGCCUCACGGGCGGACCUCACGGACGAACUUCACGGACGGACCUCACGGACCUCACGGACGGACCUCACGGACGAACCUCACGGACCUCACGGGCGGACCUCACGGACGAACUUCACGGACGGACCUCACGGACCUCACGGACGGACCUCACGGACGGACCUCACGGAUGGACCUCACGGACGGACCUCACGGAUGGACCUCACGGACGGACCUCACGGAUAGACCUCACGGACGAAUCUCACGGACCUCACGGACGGACCUGGCGGAUGGACCUCACGGUUGGACCUCACGGACGGACCUCACGGACGGACCUGACGGAUGGACCUCACAGACCUCACGGACGAACCUCACGGACCUCACGGGCGGACCUCACGGACGAACUUCACGGACGGACCUCACGGACCUCACGGACGGACCUCAAGGACGAAUCUCACGGACGGACCUCACGGAUGGACCUCACGGACGGACCUCACGGAUGGACCUCACGGACGGAUCCGAUGGACGAACCUCGCGGAUGGACCAGGUUACAACCGAUUGGAACUACAGUAAUUCUGGACCCCGAGAGCAUCUAA